CCCGAGUGAGCCCUACUGUACCUUGUUCGUGCCUUCAGCAGGGGUGAUUACAUGGGCCGCAUUCAGGAAGUGGGCUGGGUGACUGCAGGACUGGUGAUCUGCGCUGGUACCUGCUAUUACAUUUACAAAGUAACCAAGGGAAGAGACCAGAGUGUGAGGAGACUUGCCAGAAAUGGGUCCAGAGUCAAGAUGGAGACUGUGGUUGGAGUACAGAAUCAGACCUUGGCCAUCAAUGAAGCCACGGCUGGAUCACAGAUUGAGACUAGACCCAAGACCAAGACUGGAGCAGAAGGUGGGCCUGGGGCUGAAGUAGACACCAAGGUCACUGCUAGAGCUAGACCCAAAGCCAACUCUCGGGCCAAGGCAAUGGCUGAGGAAGAGGCAAAAAUCCAAUCUGAGGCCAAAGUUGUGUCUGGAACACUGGAUAUGACAGAAGCAGUGACUCUGAAUGAGGCCGAGACCGAGGCCGAAGCCAGGGAAGUGGCCCUGAAAGAAGCAGUGACCCAAACUGAUGGUGAGGCUGGGAGAUUAGUCAAGAAAGAGGCGCUGACUCAGACUAAGGCAAAAUCUUGGGCGGUGGAUGCCAAGGAUGAGGCCAAGAAAGAAGCAAUGACCCAGACCAAAGCUGAAGCUCGUAUAUUGGCUGAAAAAGAGAUUAACAGAGUAAUGGUGACACAGAGUGAGACCUUGGCAGUGACCAGGGAAGUGGCCAAGAUGGAGGCCAUGAACAAGACUGGAAUUGUGGCUGAGACCAAGGCAAGAGCUCUGGAAGAGACUGUGAGUGUGGCUAAGACUCAGUCUGAGGCCAGGCCUGGUGCCACAGUUGAUGCUAGGGGAAAUUCCAAUGGCAUGUCCAGGGAGGUAGCUGGAGUGGACAUGAAGUCCUAUGCACAGUCUCAGGCUGUGACCAAGAUCCGGGGUGAUGACAUGCCUGGUGCUGGGGUUGAGGACAAGGGGAAUUGCAAAACCAUGUCUGGGGCAGACAUGAUGGCUUCUGCUCAAAUUGUUGCCAAGUCCCAGGCUGAGGCCACACCUGGGGCAAGGGUUGAUGCCUGGGGUAAUGUCAAUGCCAUGUGUGAGGUGGGGGCAGGGGCAGAUAUGAGAGCUUGUAUACAACCUCAGAAACAAGCUGAGGUGAUAUCUAGUGCCAAGGUUGAUGGCAGGGGAAAUACCAAUGUCAUGUUGAAGGCCACGACUGGAGCUGACACGUGGGCUGCUGCUCAUCCUCAAGCUGUAGCCAGUGCUCAGGCUGAGGCCAUACCUGAUGCCAAGGUUAAGGGUAGAUCCAAUCCCAAUGCCAUGGCUAAAGCAGGGGCCAGGGCAAAUUCGAGGGUUAAUUCCCAGGCUGAGGCCUUGCCUGAUGCCAAGGAUAAGAGCAGAGGCAAUCCCAAUAUCAUGGCUAAGGCAGAGGCUGGGACAGACAUGUUGUCUUGUACACAUCCUCAGCCUGUGGCCAAUGUCCAGGCUGAUAGCUUGCCUGAUGGCCAAAUUAAGGCAAAGGGCAAUGCCGAUACCAUGUCUAAGGAAGGGGCUGGGACAGACAUAAGGGCACAGCCUCAGGUUAUGGCUCAGAGCCAGGGUGAAGCCUUACCUAAUACUAAAGGUAAGGCUAAGGGUAAAGCCAAAGCCAAGUGUAAAGCAGGGAUCGGGACAGACAUGAAAACCUGUGUACAGCCUCAGGCUGGGGCCAAGACCCAAGCUGAGGCCUCGCCUGAUUGCAAGGUUGAUGGUAAGGGUGAUCUUAAUGCCGUUUCUAGAGCAGGGGCUAAGGCAGACCAGAAGGCCUGUGGUCCACCCCAGGUUGUGACCAGUUCCCAGGGUGAGGCCUUGCCUGGUAGCAAGAAUAGAGUCAAAGGCAAUCUCAAAGCUGUGCCUACAGCAGAGACUGGGGCAGGUACAACAGGCUCUGCCCAGGUUGUGGCCAGUUCCCAGGGUGAGGCCUUGCCUGGUACCAAGAAUAAGGUCAAAUGCAAUUCCAACGCUGUGUCUAAGGCAGGGGCUGGGACAGAUACGACAGACUUUGCCCAGCCCCAGGUUAUGGCCAGUUCCCAAGGUGAGGCCUUGCCUGCUACCAAGAAUAAGGUCAAGUGCAAUUCCAAUGCUGUGUCUAAGGCAGGGGCUGGGACAGAUACAACAGGCUCUGCCCAGCCCCAGUCUGUGGCCUAUUCCCAGGGUGAGGCCUUGCCUGGUGCCAAGAAUAAGGUCAAGGGCAAUCGCAAUGCUGUGCCUAAGGUAGGGGCUGGGGCAGAUACAACAGGCUCUGCCCAACCCCAGUCUGUAUCCAAUUCCCAGAGUGAGGCCUUGCUUGGUGCUAAGAAUAAGGUCAAGGGUGAUCUAAAUGCUGUGUCUAAGGCAGAGGCUGGGGCAGGUACAAUGGGCUCUGCCCAGCCCCAGGCUGUGGCCACUUCCCAGGGUGAGGCCUUGCUUGGUGCCAAGAAUAAGGUCAAAGGCAAUCCCAAUGCUAUGUCUAAGGCAGAGACUGGGAUGAGUGCAGUGGGCUCUGCCCAGACUCAGGCUAUGGCCAAGUCCCAGAAUGAGGCUUUGCUUGGUGCUAGGAAUAAGGUCAGGGGCAAUUCCAAUGCCAUGUCUAAGGCAGAAGUUGGGACAGGUACAAUGGGCUCUGCUCAGCCCCAGGUUGUAGCCAUUUCUCAGGGUGAGGCCUUGCCUGGUGCCAAGAACAAGGUCAGGGGCAGUCUCAAUGCUGUGUCUAAGGCAGAGGCUGGAGCAAAUACAAUGAGCUCUGCCCAGCCCCAGGCUGUGACUAAUUCUCAGAGUGAGAACUUGCUUGGUGCCAGGAGUAAGGUCAGGGGCAAUCUCAGUGCUGUGCCUAAAGCAGGGUCUGGGGCAGGUAAAAGGCACUCUUCCCGGUCCCAGGUUGUGGCCAGUUCCCAGGGUGAGACCUUGCCUGGGGCAAGGGACAAGGCUAUGACCAGUUCUGAGGCAGAAGCCACAGCAGAACAUGUGGUCUAUGCAAAGCCAGAUGCUGAGACUGUGCCCACUUCUGAGAGUGAGGUUGGGUCAAGCGCUCAGGCCUGUAGAAAGACUCAGCCUAACGUCCAUGACUACUACUGGAAUGGGAUUGGUGUUGAGGAUUGGAUUGCUGCUGAGCGGUGGAUCAAAUUUAGGUUUCAGGCCAUGGAUGGAGACUGGGAGAAUAGCGUGUCCUGGGCUGAUGAUGAGAAUGUAGCCGGUAUUGGUUCCUGGAGUGGGGCUAAUGAUAAGGCUGAUGUUGCUGGGUCCUGGGCUGUGGCUUGUGAUGAGGCCAGUGUUAAGUCCUGGGCUGGGGCUAGAGCAGAGAAUGAGGUUAGUAUUGGGUCCUGGGCUGGAGCUGGGAACCAGGCCAGUGGAGGGAUCUGGGUUGGGGGUCAGUCUAGUGAGGGGUCGUGGGCGGGGGACAAAGCCAGUGGAAGCACCUGGGCAGUGGCUGAGGGCAGGGCUAUUGGAGUGUCCUGGACUGGGGCUGAGAACCAGGCCUGUGGAGGCGCUUGGGCUGUCUCUGGGAAUCAGGCCAUUGGAGAGGUCUGGGCUGGGGGUCAGGCCAGUGAUGGGUCCUGGCCUGGGGGCCAGGCUAGUGGGGUGUCCUGGGCUGGGGCAGGGGCCAUUGGAGGAUCCUGGACUGGGGCUGAGAACCAGGUCAGUGGAGCAUCUUGGGCUGGGGCUGCGGCUGGGAAUAUGUAUACCGUUGGAUACUGGACUGGGGCUGUGGACCAGACCAAUGGAUUGUCUUGGGCUGGGACUGGUGAUCAGUCUGGUAAUGGGUCCAAGCCUCAAUUUGAGGGUCAGGCCAGUGGAGGGUGCAGGGUGGGGCCUGAGGACCAGUCCAGUGGUGGAUCCUGGGCUAACAUUGCAGACCAAGCUAGCGGAGGGUCCAGGCUGGGGCCUGUAGAUCAGUCUGGUGGUGGGUCCUGGGCUGAGGCUGGGGAUGCAGCCAUGGGAGGAGCCUGGACUGAGACUGGUGAUCAGUCUGGUGGUGGUUCCAAGCCUAGAUUUGAGAAUCAGGCCAGUGAAGGAGGAUCUUGGGUUGGAGCCGUUGGACAGGCUGGUGGAGGGUCCAAGUUGGGGCCUGAGGAUCAGUCCAGUGGAAGGUCUUGGGCUAACUCUGGGGACCAAAUCAAUGGAGGGUUCUUGGUUGCGGCUGUGGACCAGGCCACUGGAGGGUCCUGGGCUGGGGCCGGGGCUGGGGCUGGGGAUCCAGCUAGUGGUGGAGCAAAGCCUGUAUUUGAGGAUCAAGCCAGUGGUGGAGGGUCCUGGGCUAAUGCUGGGGACCAGACUGGUGGAGGAUCUAGGCUGGGGCCCAGGGAGCAGUCCAGUGGAGUUUCCUGGGCUGGCACUGGGGACCAGGCCAGUGGAUGGUUCUGUAUUUACACUGGGAAUCAGACCCAUGGAGGAGGGUCUUGGGGUGGGGCUGGUGGCCAGGAUGUUGGAGUGUCUAUGCCAGGGUCCACAGACCAAUCCAGUGGUGGAUCCUGGGCUGGCACUGGGAGUCAGGUCAGUGGAGGGUCCUGGGCUGGGGCUGGGGCUGGGGCUGUGGAUCAGGUUGGUGGCUGUUCCAAAUCUGGAUUUGAGGGUCAGACCAUUGGAGGAGGAUUCUGGAUUAGUGCUGGAGACCAAGCUUCUGGGGCGUCCAGGCCAGGGCCUGAGGAUCAGUCCAGUGGAGGAUGUUCCUGGGGUGUGGCUGGUGGCCAGCUCAUUGCAGGUUCUAGGCCAGGGCCUGCAGACCAGUCCAGUGGUGGGUCCUGGACUGGCACUGGGAAUCAGGCCAGUGGAAUGUCCUGGGUUGGCCCUGGAGAUCAGGCUGGUGGCUGUUCCAAACCUGAAUUUGAGGGUCAAGCCUGUGGAGGAGGCUCCUGGGCUGGCUCUGGGGACCAGGGCAGUGGAGAACCCUGGGUUGUAUCUAGGCCUGAGAAUGAGGCCAGUGGAGAGUCUAGGCUAGAGCCUGAGGGCCAGGCCAGUGGAAGGUUCCAGGUCAGUUUUGAGGUGGAGGCCAAUGAAGGAUUCUGGUUUGGCCCUGGGGCUGAGGCCUGUAUAGGGACUUGGUGUUGGACAGGGGAAGAGGCUAUUAUUUUGCCCAGGCUUGAUAUUAAGGAAAAGGCCAUUGAAUCUAAAUCAGGGGCUGGGGAAGAGGCUGGCGUUAGUUCUAGCUCUGAGGCUGAGAACAAGGCGGUUAUUGGCUGCUGGGUCAGACCUCAGGAGGCAGCUUUUAUGGGCUUCUGUGUAGGGGCUGAGGCCGGUGCUGAGGCCGGUGCUGAGGCCGGUGCUGAGACCCGGGCUGAGGCCGGGGCUGAGGCCGGUGCUGAGACCGGGGCUGAGGCCGGUGCUGAGACCGGGGCUGAGGCCGGGGCUGAGGCCGGGACUGAGGCAGGGGCUGAGGCCGGGGCUGGGGCCAGGAGGGGGUUUUGGUCUUUGGGUGGAGAUGCAACCACUAUAGGGUUUAGACUUGGGGCUAGGGAAGAAGCUGGUGCAGCAUCCUGGACUUUGGCUUGGGAUAUGGAUGAGGAUGAGCUAAGUAGAGAGUCCAGCCCUGAUAUUGAGGAGAUCAGUUUAAGGUCUUUGUUUUGGGCUGAGAGUGAGAACAGUAAUGAGUUCAGAUCCAAGAGUGAGAGAGAUGUCAAUUUUGAGUCUGGGGCUGGCGAUAACGCCAGCAUCAAGGAUAACUUUGAGGCUGCUGAUGGAGUUGAUAUAAGUUCUUGGUUCUGUUCUGAUUAUGAAAACAGAAGUGAGGACAAAUCUGCACCUGAGGCUAAAGCCAAAAUGUCAGCUGAGUCAAGAGGCACAUAUCCAUCCAUGGUCCCUGGGGCAGGAAUGGGGUUAUUGGAUGGAGCCAUGAUCUGGUCGGAAACAAAGUUUCCACACCAAAUUGCGGCCAGCUUCCUAGCUGAAGGUGAUGUUAGAAAGCAAGUAAGGCACUGGUCCUGCCGCUGCAAACGCGAAGCUAAUCUGGAUCCACAAGAUCUUGAAAAACUCAUUUGCAUGGUUGAGAUGACCGAAAAUCCUUCUGUUCACGAAAUAGCCAAUAAUGCUCUAUAUAACAGUGCUGAUUAUCCUUAUUCCCACGAAAUUGUUCGUAACAUGGGUGGAAUCUCAGUUAUUGAAAGCUUGCUCAGUAAUCCCCACCCCAGUGUUAGGCAGAAGGCUUUAAAUGCACUGAAUAACAUCUCAGUGGCUGCUGAAAAUCAUAGGAAGGUUAAAACAUACUUAAGCCAAGUAUGUGAAGACACUGUCACCUAUCCCUUAAAUUCAAAUGUUCAGCUGGCUGGACUAAGAUUGAUAAGGCACCUGACUAUUACCAGUGAAUAUCAGCAUAUGGUUACAAAUUAUAUUUCAGAAUUUCUUCGUUUGUUAACUCUGGGAAGUGGGGAAACUAAAGACCAUGUUUUGGGAAUGCUUUUGAAUUUCUCUAAAAAUCCAUCUAUGACAAAAGACUUGCUCAUUGCUAAUGCACCAACAUCACUGAUUAACAUUUUUAGUAAGAAAGAGACAAAAGAGAAUAUUCUUAAUGCUCUUUCACUAUUUGAAAAUAUAAAUUACCAUUUUAAAAGAAGAGCAAAAGCAUUUUGCCAGGAUCAGUUCAGUAAAAAUUCCCUUUAUUUCCUAUUCCAACGACCUAAAGCAUGUGCCAAGAAACUUCGAGCCUUAGCAGCAGAAUGCAAUGACCCUGAGGUGAAAGAGAAAGUUGAGCUAUUAAUAAGUAAACUCUGAUUGGCUGUAUGUUCCCAAACAAAUUUGAGUAAUAUUUUGGUUUUGUACCCGGAAGUAAUGCACAUUGUAAAUUGCAUUAUGACUUCGAAACUGAUGUUACCUAUGAUGGUCUAUAGCUGGACCAUUUUACGAACACCAAAUGAAUUCAAACUUGUACUGAAAAUACAUGUGUUGAUUUUUAUCUUGUCUGGAUUGAGAUAUUUUUAGUAUGCUUCAUGAGCAGAAACUGAACUGAUUCUUCAUAAGUAAGGUAAUCUUUGGUCCUUUGUGUGGACUUAUGUUUAUACAUUUAAGACUUUAUUUUUAUGUCAUCAAUAAAGUUGUGUCUUUUAAGCAGCAGAAAAAA